AUGUACCAUCCGAUCCCACUGAUAACGUUGAUGCUCUCUAAUAAUGAUGCUUGCUCUAAUGUAGCUUUCUCUAAUGAAGCUCCCUCUAAUGAAGCUCCCUCUAAUAAAUAAAGCUCUCUCUAUUGAA